AUGAAUGCCUCCGUCCAACGGAAAAGACUAGCAUGCGCCGAGUGUACCAGGCGCAAGAUCAAAUGUGAUAAGGUGCUACCUUGCCGUAAUUGUACACGCCGGGGAAGUUCUUGCUACCGAAAUGAGCAGUCCAGUUCCCAUCGACGAGGGAAUCCACGAUUACCCCGGAUUACUGAUAGCGAAACAGCCGAUCCAUCCAAACUGGCAGACAAUUUGACCGCAUGUAUUCGCGAAUUGCAAGAGACGCUCCGGGCGGUUAGGACUGCAUCCUCACCGAAUGAUUCCACUGAAAGAACCGUCUCCCUUUCUGUAGAAUCGCCAGAGGCAGCGACACUCGCAACACACGCCCCAUCAGAGAGAGGCCUCCUGUCACCAGAAGAGAGCUUACUUACCAAUACUCUGCCAAGUCCUGGAUCUGCAGAAGCUGGGGAUGCUGCUACUAUCCUUGAGUUCUUAGCCUGGGGUCGGCGGAAAGUUUCGACUUAUGCUGAAGAUUUCGUGGGCCACGAUUUAGGUGGCAGAUCAGCUCAGUUCUCUGGAGACGUGGCACUCGAUCAGGAUCCAGCCACGAAUUUAGAAAUAUCGCCAUUGCACAUUAUAGACGAAUCUUCGCUAUCACUUAUUCAGCUGUUGCUUCCCGAACAACAGAGCAUUGUGCCGAUUGUCGAGUACCAUUGCAACUGCCUACUUUGGUAUCAUGGGUCAUUCCAUGGCCUAGUAUUUCAAAGCGAGUUUGAUUCAUUCCUGUACAAACAUCGAGGACUCAUUGACCAGCCUGGAAUAGAUCUACAAUGGGUUGGGUUGUUGUUUGCUGUCCUCGCUGGUAGCAUGGCCUGCGCUCCUAGGCUCACGGCACGUUCUUGGGGAUUUGAAGAUUCAGAACGCGCAGUGAUUGCUCAGAGAUGGUUCAAAGCGGCACUGGUCUGUCUGAACCGGGCUAAUUACACAGCCAACCACUCCGUCUAUGCGGUUCAGUGUAUUGCGACGAUGACUAUCAGUGCGCACGUGUUGGGCCAUUCAAAUAGCCACUCAGUCAUGUUGGCAACAGCAAUAAGGAUAUCACAGAGUCUGGGCUUCCACAGACUGGGGAAUGUAAAGCAGGACCAUCCAUCCAACACGAUAACAAGAGAAACUGGAAGGAGAGUUUGGACACAACUCUGUGUUCAGGAUUGGUUCUCCAUCCCGUUCUCGGAAAGCUACUAUAUUCGUCAACUUGAUUUCAAUACGGAGAAGCCAUGUAAUUGUAUGGAAGAGGAUAUGGUCCCUUUGUCUGAUGAUGUCCCUACAACGAUGAGUUACCACCGUUUCCUCUACGACAUUGCCCUUCUCAUGCCCCGACUGCAUGAUGAUCUCUCCAGAUCAAACACAACGUACACCAAAUACGAGCAUGUGCUUCGAUACGACACGCAAAUGCGCACACUGGUCAGCAAAUGUGUCCCCUCAUGUUUGAAGAGUGCAGCUUUGGAACCCUCCUGGCCGCAGUAUGUGCCCUGGGCUCGACAUUGUCUUACAAUAACUUCUGCGCACAAGAUCAUCAUGAUCCAUCGGAAAUUCCUUUGGCAGAGCUUUACGAACCCUGCUUUUGAAUUCACCCGCAAGACUUGCAUUGCGGCCUCCAAGACAAUUAUUCGCGUUCAAAAGCAGGUUGCGAAGGAUAAUGGACCUGAUUUGUGGAUCUAUCAUGCUUUUAGUGUGGCAGCUAGUAUCAUUCUUUGUCUGGAUCUCCGGUUCCGCGCACCUUCUGACUCGGAAUACGGUGAGCAUCGUAAACUGGUCUACGAUAUAAUAGAAAUUCUGUCCCAAAGCGAGACAAGCAUGAUUGCCAAACGAGGUGUAAAGAUUUUGAAACUACUGCUUCAGCUCGAGCAGGAAAAUCGUCGGUCGGGACGAUCUAAUCCACACGAAGGAAAGACUAACUAUGCGAGACCUACCACCAACCGUCCAAAUGACAACUACCGAGAAGAUAGAGAUAACAAUGGUGGGAACGGAAGCGGCGAUGGCCUUCCUCUAGACAUUCACAGACUCGUCGUUCAAGCAUUCCAUGACCAGGACUGCUCUCAGCCGAGUGACACUCGCAGCGGCAACCUUCACUAUCGGCCCAGGGAAGGAGAACAUAUAUCUGGUCCGAUGCAGUAUUCUUCUAAUCCUUCAACUUUUCAAGGUCGUUGGUUCUGGUCUGAUCCCGCGGAUGACGGCGACGUCGAUAAAGACAGAGACCAUAUAGGUGGUACCUCGGUUCCGCAGUCAGGGUUUGUGAUGAAUGGUUCUUUGGAAGAUAUUUUGUUUCUGGCGCAGAAUGGAGGUCCAUCCUAG